CAGUGCUUAAUACUUUCAGUAUGUGAGUGUCUUUCGGGUUGUUUGCUUAACGUUGACGUCAUCAGGGUGACAGCGUCAUCAGGCCCCAGCGUCACGAGAAAAAAACGCUUUGAGAUUUAAACCAAUACAAAUUUAAACAGUAACAACGUCAUUCAGCGACUUUCAAAUCAACGGCAUUCAGAGACUUUCAAGAGAAGAGAUCGUGGAUUGACUUUCUCCUGAGGACUACUACAACUACAACAAAGAAGAAGAAGAAGAAGAAGAAGAAGAGGAGAUCGUGGACUGAAUUUCUCCCGAGGAUCACCAACGAAGACGAGGAUGAACUACCACCACUACAGCGAGGAACCUUGCGACGCGAUCAUCGAGGCUGGAGGCGUUUAUUUCCCGGUGCACCAGCAGGCGAUGUUGGACUUGAGCCCAACAUUUUUCAGUGAUCUGUUCGCAAAGGGCCCCACUGAAUUCUCGGUGUACACCGUCCAUAAUGUGUCUGUGAACAUCAUGAGGUCCAUCAUCCAGUAUGCUUACUCCAAGAAGAUAAACAUCACGCGGAGAAACGUGAAGGAUCUGUUGGCGGCAGCUGAAUACCUGUCCGUGAGCGACAUUGUUCAGCUCUGCAAACAGUUUCCGGAGAAGCAGCACUGUGAAGAGGACAGCUGUGACACGACGGAAUCGCCUGCUACCCACUUCUGGCCUGAUGUUCCACCAUGGGAGAGGAGCCUGCUGUACAAGCUUGGUGUUUUUCCACCAAGUGCAUAUGAGCCAAAUGCCAGUCCACCAAGUGCAUAUGAGCCAAAUGCCAGUCCACCAAGUGCAUAUGAGCCAAAUGCCAGUCCACCAAGUGCAUAUGAGCCAAAUGCCAGUCCACCAAGUGCAUAUGAGCCAAAUGCCAGUCCACCAAGUGCAUAUGAGCCAAAUGCCAGUCCACCAAGUGCUUAUGAGCCAAAUGCCAGUCCACCAACAUCAGGUGACCGGAGAGAUCAGCGUGAGGGUGACUUGUGUCAGAUCUAUGAGGAAGACAGAGAAGCCACAAUGUUGUAA